UUUCACUCACUGGUAAAACGAUAGAUUUGCCUGGAAAUAAUCUUCCCUUGUUUGAAUUUUUUUUGGAAAUUUGAUCUAGUAGUGGAGAAGAGAAAUUUGGUUUUCCCUUGGUUUUAUGGAGUUUUUCAGUUCCUUAGUCUUCUUUCCGAUUUGAUUCAUGUCUUUUUUUCUCAUACGCCACAGUGAAUCUCGAACAGUGGCACAAGGGAGGAGGAAAAUGGUUUUUGUAUGCUGUAACUUUUGUUCGGGGAAAACAUUUUCUGUUGAUUCUCCUGGUGCCGAAGGUUUUUUUCUUAUGUUUCUCGUGAAGUUGCCAAGUGGUGAUGGAGGUGCUGGUUUUGCAUAAUUUUUAGGAUUUUUUUCACUUGUGUUUUGCUUGAAAAAGAUGGUGUUGAGUUGAAGUUAUGUUGUUAGAGGCUGGGAUUGUGGCUUCCAAGUAGAGAAAAUCCUCGAACGCUUGGGGGGACUCGUAGCACCAACUCUGGCCUUCCUCUUCAUGUGCUUUUUGGUUUCCUCUAGUAUGAUUUAGUCCACAUAUUUGGCCUUCUCUUUUCAUCUGUUCUUGAAAAGACAUCAACUCCCUGGAAAGAAAAGAGAAAAGUGGGGAAGGAAUAGGGGUAUCAUCAGUUAUUUGAAGAGUUGCUUUCAGAUUUUCAUUUUUAAUAGGCUCUUGGAAGGGUAGUCUGUUAUGUGAGCAUUGUAGUUGAAGUAAGCUUUUGUUUUUCUUUGUUUAGUUGGAAACACGAGAGAAGGAUUUAGUUGUCUAUUUACUGAAAAGAUCACUGAAGUAUUAGAUCAAGUCGUGGUUUUUGUUUGCAUUCAUGGAAGAUAGAGAAUCAACCAGGGUGGCAUCUUCUGAAGCCCCUGUCGUGAUGAUCAGCUCAGAUAAUUAUGGUUCUAGCUUCCAGAACAGUUCGAUUGUUCCACCAUCUCAAGGUGGAGCAGUGCAACAGGCACGUGGUCCAUUUAGUCCAGUAGUUGCAUCUGUAUCUAAACCAUCUGAGUCUGUUUCUCCUUAUCAUGGAGAUUCCUCAGCUACAAUGAUGUCACAUGGAACUGGCCUGAGUGAUCCAAUUAAGAAGAAAAGAGGUAGGCCUAGGAAAUACGGUCCAGAUGGCACUAUGGCACUAGCUUUAUCUCCACUAUCAUCCAUUCCAAGUUAUUCCACACCAUCAUUCAAGCGGAAUAGAGGGCGGCCACGAGGUUCAGGAAAAAAGCAACAAUUAGAAGCUCUAGGUUCUGCAGGAAUGGGUUUCACUCCUCAUGUGAUCACUGUCAAAGCAGGGGAGGAUGUGGCUUCAAGAAUUAUGUCCUUCUCACAGCAAGGCCCUCGUGCAGUCUGUAUCAUGUCAGCAAAUGGUGCCAUCUCUAACGUGACUCUUCGUCAACCAGCCACUUCAGGGGGAACGGUGACCUAUGAGGGCCGUUUUGAGAUCAUCUCUUUGUCAGGCUCCUUCUUGCUUACUGAGACUGGGGGUACUCGCAGCAGGACUGGUGGGUUAAGUGUUUCAUUGGCAGGACCAGACGGCCGUGUUAUGGGUGGUGGAGUGGCUGGCUUGCUAAUGGCAGCUACACCAAUCCAGGUAGUUGUGGCAAGUUUCAUUACUGAAGAAAAGAAGCCCCGGCCAAGGCCACAGCCGCUCAACCAUGUCCCUUCAUCUUCUACACCACAAAUGCCUAAUGUAGGCCCACCAGCAGCAGCUAGUCCACCAUCAAGAGGGACAAUGAGUGAAUCAUCUGGGGGUAAUGGCAGCCCACCUAAUCAGAGCAUCAGCACAGGUAACAAUUCGAGCCAACCAGUUCCAGCGGUGCCUUCUUAUGCGGCCACAGGUUGGCCAGGAUCUCAGGCAGCCAGUGAUCACAGGCAGCCGCAUGAAGGCAAUAUGUGAUGAUAUGCCAAACAGUAAUUCUUCAGACAUCAAGAGUUUCUGAUUGAUCAUGAUAGAUUCUUAGUACAUUUUAGAGAGUGGUUCAGGAAGCUGACGGGGUAGUUUCUGUAGUGCGUGAGAUGGAUAGGGACUACGGAAGGAACUAUUCCAUCACCAAACACUGUCAUAAUUUUUUUCUCUUUUUUUUCCCACUACUUUAACCCGUUUAACUUUCUACUUGUUGCUCCCUAUAAUAGUCUAGAGGCAUUUUCCUCUUUAGGGUCCUCCUCUUUAUUGUAAUUUUAUGUUUGGAUUGUCUCAUUGUAUCACUUUAUUGAGAGAUCAAAUUUGUGUGAUUUUGAUUUCUAGUCA